AUGAAGAACCAAUCAAUGGAAAUAGAGUUCAUUCUCCUAGGAUUGACAAAUGACCCACAAUUGCAAAUUGUGAUUUUCCUGUUUUUAUUUUUUAAUUACACAUUGAGCCUGAUGGGGAACUUAGUCAUUAUUCUCCUCACCCUGCUGGAUCCUCGCCUCAAGACACCAAUGUACUUCUUUCUCCGUAAUUUCUCAUUUCUGGAAAUCCUAUUCACAACAGUAUGUAUUCCCAGGUUCCUGAUAACCAUUGUGACUAGAAAAAAAAACAUUUCAUAUAAUAAUUGUGCAGCUCAAUUAUUUUUUAUUCUUUUACUGGGAGUUACAGAAUUUUACCUUCUGGCUGCCAUGUCCUAUGACCGCUAUGUUGCCAUCUGCAAACCGCUGCAUUACCAGAUCAUUAUGAACAGCAAAGUCUGCUAUCAGCUUGUACUCAGCUCUUGGUUAACUGGAUUCUUAAUCAUCUUUCCCCCUUUGGUCAUGGGACUCAAGCUGGAGUUCUGUGCUUCCAGGGUAAUUGAUCACUUUAUGUGUGAAACUUCUCCUAUCCUGCAGAUCUCUUGCACAGAUACACAUGUCCUAGAAUUAAUGUCUUUUAUCUUGGCUGUGGUGACACUUGUGGUCACAUUGGUGUUAGUGAUUCUUUCUUACACUCACAUCAUUAAGACCAUUCUGAAAUUCCCUUCUGCACAGCAAAGGACCAAAGCUUUUUCAACGUGUACUUCCCACAUGAUUGUUGUCUCCAUGACUUACGGUAGCUGUAUCUUUAUGUAUAUUAAACCCUCGGCAAAAGAAAGAGUGACUAUAUCCAAAGGUGUAGCUUUGCUGUAUACCUCAGUUGCCCCUUUACUAAAUCCCUUCAUUUACACCCUAAGGAACCAGCAGGUGAAAGAAGUCUUCUGGGAUAUGUUACAAAAGAUGUUGUGUUUCUCAAAAAAACAAUUGUGA